UCCUUAAGUGAGCUGGUAAUUCUGUCACUUUUUAAACAUGGCGAGUCUGGCAGAUGUCGGCUGGAAACUCUUGGAAUUUAGAGCCCGAUCAAAAAGAUCAGGUUCCAUCUAUGAACCUCUGAAACUCUCCAACCUUCAGCGUGAGGAUGAGCCCUUAUGGGAGAAGCUAGACCGCUACUACAGUGCUGUCAAGACGACCAUCCUGAACUACCAGAGUCCGACCACGGGUCUCUUCCCUGUGAAAACAUGCCUGACCUGCAAAGAGGCAAAGGUCCGGGAUUCCCUGUACUGUGCUGCUGCCGCCUGGGCUCUAGCUCUGGCGUACAGACGCAUUGACGACGACAUGGGUCGAACACAUGAGUUGGAGCAUUCUGCCAUAAAGUGCAUGAGGGGGAUCCUCUACUGCUACAUGAGACAGGCUGAUAAGGUGGAGCAGUUUAAGCAGGACCCCAGCCCCUCCAAGUGUCUGCACUCAGAGUUUGACGUGAACACUGGUGACGAGGUUCACUCCUACAACGACUACCACCACCUGCAGAUCGAUGCCGUGUCUCUCUUUCUGCUUUACCUGGUGGAGAUGAUUUGCUCCGGUCUGCAGAUAAUUUACAACACUGAUGAGGUUUCUUUCAUCCAGAACCUGGUCUUCUGUGUGGAGCGGGCCUACAGGGUGCCUGACUACGGCAUGUGGGAGAGAGGCAGCAAAUACAACAAUGGCAGCACCGAGCUGCAUUCCAGCUCUGUGGGUCUGGCUAAAGCUGCUCUGGAGGCCAUCAAUGGGUUCAACCUGUUUGGAAACCAGGGCUGCUCGUGGUCAGUGAUAUUUGUGGACUUGGACGCCCACAACAGGAACCGACAAACUCUGUGCUCCCUGCUGCCCAGAGAGUCCCGCUCCCACAACACCGAUGCGGCGUUACUCCCGACCAUCAGCUAUCCAGCGUUUGCGGUGGACGACGACGUUCUGUCCAGUCAGACACUGGACAAGAUUGUUCGCAAGCUGCGUGGAAGAUACGGCUUCAAACGUUUCCUCCGCGACGGCUAUCGCACCGCUAACGAAGACAAGGAUCGUCGCUACUACAAACCCGCUGAGAUGAAGCUUUUUGAUGGAAUCGAGUGCGAGUUUCCCAUAUUUUUCAUCUACAUGAUGAUUGACGGGGUGUUCAGAGGGAAUAAAGCUCAGGUUGAAGAGUACCUAGAACUCCUCCAGCCCGUCAUCUUUCAGUCCUAUGAAGGUCAUGCUGUGAUUCCUAAAUACUACUACGUACCCGCUGAUUUUGUGGAGGCUGAGCAGAACAAACGCGGGAGCCAGAAGCGUUUCCCUAGCAACUCUGGACGUGAUGGGAAGCUGUUCCUGUGGGGUCAGGCCCUCUACAACAUCGCCAAGUUGUUGGUGGAUGAGCUGAUCAGCCCGAAGGACAUCGAUCCGAUCCAACGCCACGUGUCCCGUCAGGAUCAGCGCAACGUCAGCAUGAGAUACUCCAAUCAGGGGCACAUAGAGUACGAUGUUGUGAUUCACAUGGCCCUCAUUGCUGAAAGCCAGAGAUUGCAGGUUUUUCUAAACACUUACGGCAUCCAGACCCAGACUCCCCAACAAGUGGAACCGAUCCAGAUCUGGCCUCAGAAAGAACUGGUCAAGGCAUAUCGAUUCCUCGGCGUUAACAAAAAGCUGGGGUUGAGUGGGCGUCCAGAGAGGCCGGUGGGCUGCAUCGGGACCUGCAAGAUUUAUCGCAUCCUGGGAAAGACAGUGGUGUGCUACCCAAUAGUGUUUGAUCUAAGUGACUUUUACUUGUCCCAGGAUGUUAUGCUGCUGAUUGAUGACAUCACGAACGCCCUGCAGUUCAUCAAACAGUGCUGGAAGAUGCAGGGACGUCCUCUCUUCCUGGUCCUCAUCCGCGAGGAUAACAUCAAGGGGAGUCGCUUCAACCCGGUCCUGGACAUGUUGGCCUCUUUCAGGAAAGGUAGCAUUGGUGGGGUCAAAGUUCACGUUGACAGACUUCAGACCCUGAUAUCUGGUGCAGUGGUGGAGCAGUUGGAUUUCCUUCGUGUCAAUGAAGCAGAGAUUACAGAGUUUAGAGGCUUUGAGGAGCUGGACCUGCCCAAACACUCCAAGGUGAAGAGACAGAUGAGCACCCCCAACGCUUCAGACCUGGAACAGCAGCCGGAGAUCGUCGUGGAUGAGUGGCUGGACAAGUCCAACCACGAGAUCAUGCAGAAGUUCCACGACUGUAACUGUUUGGUGAGUCAAGCUGAGCUCGCAGGAAUCCUCCUGAGGAGAGAGGGACAUGACUUCCUUGCCAAAGAUGAGAGCCUGAUGGGUGACCUGGAGAGAAUCUACAGGAGAGCCGGCAGCAGGAAGCUUUGGUCCGUUGUCCGUCUUGCCGCCAGUCUCUUAACUAAGCUAGUGGACAGCCUUGCCCCCAGUAUUACUAGUGUAUUAGUGCAUGGGAAGCAGGUGACCCUCGGAUUAUUCGGCCACGAGGAGGAAGUCAUUUCCAACCCUCUCUCACCAGGGGUGAUUCAGGGCAUCAUCUACAGCAAGUGCUCCCCCCAUGGCGGGGAGCGAGAUGCCGCCCUACAGCAGGAGCUGGUCAUUCACAUUGGCUGGAUCAUCUCCAACAGCCCCGAGCUGUUCAGCGGCAUGCUCAAGAUCAGGAUCGGAUGGAUUGUCCAGGCCAUGAAACAUGAACUGAAGAUCCGAGCAGGAGACAUGCCGCCACAGGACAUAUACCAGCUCUCCCCCAGUGACAUCAAGCAGCUGCUGCUGGACGUCCUGCAGACACAGCAGACCAGCAGGUCUUGGCUGAACAGGCGUCAGAUUGAUGGCUCUCUGAACAGAACGCCUCCAGGCUUUUAUGACCGCGUGUGGCAGAUUCUGGAGAGGACCCCCAACGGUCUCCUGGUGGCUGGGAAUCAUCUCCCACAGCAGCCCACACUGUCUGACAUGACCAUGUACGAGAUGAACUUCUCGCUGCUGGUGGAGGACACUCUGAAGAACCUCGUCCUGCCGGAGUACAGACAACUCAUAGUGGAGUUGCUGAUGGUGGUGUCCAUCGUGCUGGAGAGAAACCCGGAGCUGGAGUUCAGCGACAAGGUGGAUCUGGACCGACUGGUGAAGGAAGCCUUCAAUGAUUUCCAGAGGGACUGCAGUGUUUUUGAAGGAAUAGAAAAACAGAACAAUAUGGAGGCCUUCUACAACACAGCACCACUGGGGAAGAGAGGCACCUCCAGCUACCUGGCCAAGGCUGUCAUGAUCCAGUUACUGCAAGGAGACGUCAGACCCUGCAGGGACGACCCGUGCACCGUCAGUUAGGUCCACAAAGCUCUUUGGCCCCAGACCCAAUUCCUAAACUGUGUGAUGGUCAAUCAUGGAGUGUCCUGUAUGAUUUUACAGUAAACCGUCCUCUGCUGAAGUUGCGACGUUUUUUUCAGGCUCUGAGCUGAGUUUUCAUGUGUAGUACUUUCAUGUUGAUGUAGUUUGUACGAGGCCCAAUAGAAAAUACUGUCCAGAUCAAAGUGGUAUCACUUUAGUUUAAUUUAUAUUUGAUUGUUUGGAGUGUGUGUUUUUUUUUUAUAUAGUUCUGCAUUCCCAGUAUUCACCUAACUGAUUAUCAUUCAUCAUCUCCAGUUUAAUCCAUUUGAUUUUUUGGUUCCACCUCCUACUCCUACAGAUUUGCAUGAAUUAUGUUGCAGAGCCACUGGUAGAAUUUUGUCAGCAGAACUCAGAACUUUACAUUCAGGCUAUUAUCUUGCACUCUUGUAGUUUUUUUUUUUUUAGACAGUAGCAAUUAUGGAAAAUGAUGGUAAUUGUGCUUCUGGUUUGGCUCGACAUGAAAACUGAACACAGUACAACAAAAGCCAGAAAGAAAAAAACCAAGUUGGGCAAAACAAACCAUAAGUCAUAACUGCUGGCACUAGUGAUGAAGUUUUCUUCUUAGCUGCAUGUUUUUGCAGUAGAAUGUAAAAAACACUGGACAAAAUAAGGGAUGUUUCAUUAUACAGAGACAAUACUAUUUAAAAUAUAUUAUAGGAAAUACACACACGUACACAGUGAAGUAUUCAUACUGCGUCAGGUAAACCCUGUAACGUGACAGCAGCUGCUGUUUGUCAUAGGUGUCAGACUAUAUAUAUAUAUAUAAACAAACAAAAAACAAACAUUUGUGAGAGGCAGUUUUUUUACCCAUCUGCAUGACAAAUAACUGUGAUUCAUCUUCUGCCAGGUAAUGGAUUUUGUUGAUUUAGUGCAGCCGUAGAAACUACUGUCAGUCCUGUGUAGACGUGACGACACUCUGUAUUUAAAUCACUGUGAUGAAUCUGCUGCAGUAACGUUUGCCUGCGUCUUCGUGCUGUCUCCUGUUUUGUCAUUCAAAACAAGUUUUUUUUUCUUUCCCCCCUGUCAAAUAAAGACACCGUGGAGCUCUGUGA